UCUCCUACAGGUACCUCUCCUACUCCAACCUGGAGCAGGGGAAGGUGCCUUCCCCCCCAUAUAUACAUAGCACAUUUUUGUAGACUGUUGAUCCCAAUUGUCAUACCUAAUUAAGCCUGGCAGGUAUGCUAUCAUUGUCCUCUCUGAUGGGGUCGAUGAAGCAGGGGCCAUCUAAGGAUCAUUUAGGGGAUGUUGGGGUCUUGCACCAUGUGAGUGUCUGCUUUUCUAAAAAGCCCCUGGGGUUGUGUCCCAGUGUUCAAAUGCUGGAUAUGGAAUUUGAGGGGAUGAGCCAAGAGACCCAAGAAGCUGUCUACACAACUUUCCAGCGGCCUGUCCUGACACGCCUGAACACCAGUGGGCUAACCUGCGUUCCAGAGGCCAACAGCAGCACAGCCUGGUUGGAUGCUAACCUGGGCCAAUUUAGCCAAUUUGCCAAAUAUGAGGACCUGGUUACUUUCAACACUGAGUUUGAUGGGCUCCAAGUCCUGGACCAGCUCACUUUGAGGCAGCUGGCUCAGCUUGCAGCCGCCAAAGGUGCCUUAAAUGAGACCAUGGUGGAGGAAUUUCCAAACAACUUCCCGCGUCAGGAGUCAUUAUUGAACAGGACCAAGGAGGUCAUUGAGAUUAGCCUUUCUUUACUGACCAAUGGCAGCGUUUCUGUGGCCACGUGGACAGAAGUACGAACAUUAUUCUAUUUCUAUUUCCUUCAAAGUAAACUCCUCCCUACAGAGAACACCAGCUGCCCAGCCUUUCAAACCAUUGUGAGCAAUGGUCCAAGUAUCCUGAAGGAUCGGGAAGAAGAGGUAUAUCAUCAUAUCUACUCCUACCUGACUGGUACCCAGUCCAGACCCCGGUGUUACAAUCUAAGUGAUCCCCUUGGCCAUGGCUGGUUCACAGCCUAUUUGGGGCAUUAUAUCCACCUGAGCAGUGUUGAUGACAUCCGUGACUUCUUGGACUAUGACCAGCAAUUGUUGCAGACGCUAGCCUCUCAACAGGACAGCCUCCAGCUGUUCAGUCAGCAGGACAUCCCCAGGAACCUGAUGUGGACACUCACCUCUGCUCUUCUGGCUGAGACCCCUAACAUCACCAUCUCUAAGCUCCCAGACAAGCUCCUCUGCUUCUCACCUGAGGCCCCUGCCCUCCAUUCCCUUGGAGAAGAGACCCUGUGGAAGGUUAUAAGGAAACUGAAUGACAAUUGUGGGCCUUCCCAUAGGACUGACACGGAUGCCUGGGCCCUGCGAGCCCCUUUGCCCCCUGCUCGCCAGUUGGCCACUCUGCUUGUGGGUCAGAUCCAGGCAUUUAACCAGAGCACCCUUAUUGCCCUGGGUCAGCAAGCAGUGGGCCUGACCAAGGGACAGAUCGCCAUGCUGUCUGAGGAGGACGUGGCCGCCUCGGUGGAGGCUCUUGGGAAAGUCAUUGGAUGGGACCAGGGCCAGGUGAACGAGCUGGUGUCCAAGCUUACACCUGAGCAGCUCCUGGUUGGCAAACUGGAGACGCUGGGAUCCCUGGUACCUGGCUUACCCACUGCUGUGUUCUGUGCCCUUUCCCCCGCAAAUGCCACUCACCUUGCCAGAGCUCCCACCUUCCUCCGUGGCCUCCAAGGUGCCCCCGCCUAUCUGAAGAGGGUCCUUACUGACAGGAUUGUCUUUCACGCGCUGCCCGUCACCAAAAUUGUGGAGAUUGUGCCCCCGGAGCUGGUGCCCCUGAUCCCCAGUUCCUUCCUGCUCUGGGACAAUCUCACUACAGCCAACCUGUCAGCCAUCACUGAGCAACCAUGGGAACCAGAACAGGCCUCAGGCUUCUUCCAGCAAGGGCUGGCCUCCAGCGUGGGCAGCCAAGUGGCCCGCCUUUCUGCCUCCAUCUUACAAGGUUUCCAGUGCCAGGAGGUCAGCCAACUACCCCGGGCUCAGUUUUCUUCCCUUGUUAGGGAAGUGCAGAAGCAGAAGGCCAUCUUAAAUGUCAGACAGCUGAGUUGUAUGGCAAACCUCCUGGCUCUCCAUAACUUGACAAAUGACUUUGCUGACUAUCCGCCGGAUCUGCUGCUCUUCUAUGACCUGAGGCACGUGGACAAAGCCAAAUGCCGGGAGUUCAUCAGCAGAGCCUCCCAGGGGAACCUUACCCUCCUGUCUGGACUGUCAGCUCAGAAGAAGGAGCUAUUGAACAUGUCCCUGACCUGUCUGGGAAAUCCUGGUACCAAUCUGAGCAAAGAGGACCUGAGCUCUUUGGGUGGCUUGGUCUGUGACAUGGAGCCGGCGGUCAUCCUGGAGUCAGACCCCCACAUCCUGGACAACCUGAAGCGCUGCUCCCAGCUGACAGCAGGACAGCGGGAUGCCCUCAAUGCUCUCCUUCGCAGCGGGGCCACAUGGCUGGGGGCUCCUGGAUCCUGGAAUCUUCACAGACUUUGGAGUCUUGGACCUCUGGCAUUUUACAUCAACUCCUCUCUGUGGAAGAUGGUGAAUGAGGAGGUGAGUAAGGAUUUCUUUCGGGAUGUAGUCACCAGAUACCAAGCAGGAAGCCUGCCAAGGAGCCUUGUCCAGAGCUUUGUGGAUUCCUUCCUUGCUCGGGACUUAGCAAUGUCACGAGCCAACCAGGAAAAAGGGAGAAGAUGCAUUCGUGGAAAUAUCACAGCACAGGUGAUCCAGGAUGAAUUGUUCAUGGUCCGUUAUAACUGCAAACAGCUCAAGUUUUGCUUGGGAAGCAAAGUCCUGAAAGCAAAUCUCAACCCACUGCUCCAGCACCCUCUGCCAAGGGAGUGCCAAAGUGUUGUCAAGGGGAAACUCAGUGAGAUCUAUCCGGGAGGUGUCCCUGAGAACCAACUGAAGCUGAUCGCCUCCUUGGUCUACUUGUAUUCCAAUGAUGAAAUCAGUCACUGGAACAUCACUUCCAGGGACACUGUGGUGUAUUUACUGGGCUCUGAUGUAGCCCUGGAGAACCAAACUCAGGCUGUCAUCAAGAAAUUCCUGGAGCUGAAUGGCACCAUGACAGGGGCCAUGUUGGUGGCCAUUGGGGGGUUCCGUCUCUGUUGGAUGAGCCCACGGCAGAUUGAGGCUAUACGACCCACGGAGUUGAGGUCGGCAGGGGCCCUGGACAUCUCCUCCUGUGCUCAAGAGAGGAAGGAUGACCUCUAUGAAAAAGCCAAAAAGGCCUUUUCUGGGUCCAAUGGCUCAACCACCUACUAUCACUAUAUUCGACCUUACCUUGGUGGUGCAUCUGUGGAAGACUUGAAGCACCUGGCUCGGGCCAAUAUUUCUAUGGACAUUGACACAUUCACACGUCUCAAUCCAGAGGUGCUGCAGAACCUGAGUCUUAGCAACGUGGCAAAAUUGCUUGGACGAAACGUAGCCGACCUUCGGAAGGCCCGGAGCAAUCCAGCUGUAAGCUCUUGGCUCCAAAGCCAAAACCAAUCGGCUCUGGAGGCCUUGGGGUUCGACCGGGCCCCGGAGCACCUGCACGCCAGCCCUGCCACCCCCGGGAAGCCCCCCUCAGCUUGGGUCACUGACAAGGGGCACAACUCUGCUUCCCUUGGUGGGCACACCACUCUAGCCACUACCUCUGGCUGCUGUGUCCUGGCACCUCUCCACCUCUUCAAUGCUUUUGGCUUCCCCAUGGCCUUUAUCUUAUCCUUGAAGCUCCUUUGAGACUCCUGGACAAGAAUUUUCUCCUUUUACCAACCACACCUUGAACUUCACUGCUCUCUUUGAAUCAAAAACUUCCCUUUCCCAAAACAUGGUCCCUCUAUAUACUCCCAAUAUAUAGACUCCAAAUGGACAAGGGUGCCAUGAGGCUGACUUUGGCCCUGGCCUUUGGGAGGCCCAACUACAUGCACUCAGAACCUUGGGACCCAUUGGAGAAGUGAUAACAGGACUGCAAAGGGACCAGCUCAGAGACUUCUGCCCUUCCCUUCCCACAGGAGCUAUCAUCACAGAUGCUCUUACCACCCCUGAACUUCAGCCAGAGAGAAUUUGGACUGAAGGCUGUUUGGGGGGGGGCAAUUCCAAGGGCUGGGCUCGUCACCUGAGCUGACUGGACUACCCUCAAAAGGAGGGCUCUCCACUGUCCAUAAGCUGAAGACACAAAAGGCAAUUUACCUGGGGCAGUCAUGUGCUUCUCAAGUUUUCUUAGGUUCCAAGAGGGCAUAAAUCCAGGCUGAACAUGCUUAGGAACCACUUGAAUGCCUUGGAUACUCAGGUCUCCCUUAAUAAGUCACUGCACCCUGGCCAAGAACUGUGGUUCUCUAGGGAAAGCUCAAGUUUUGUUAUCUUUAUGUUCUGAUUUUAAUAAAUGUGAGGUUCUCCUCAAACUUGU